CUACGACCUCGGUAUAGUCUCAGAAAGUCUUUGAUCCGGCUCUGAGAGAGUUAACAGGACUAUGGCUGACUGCGUCUAGGUACAGGCAGCAGGGCACUGGCCACCACAGAGUUAACAGCGGGUGUUUGUCUAAUGGUGCGUGUCGCUCUAACGGGACUAGGGCUUCCCAGUUACUUAAUACAUUGUUGUCUACCCCUGCCUUCUCUUACGGGUAACGGUUCUUUUUUGUGUUCACACUUGAUCAGAACCUCUCACACUUGAUCAGAACCUCUAAGUCUUAAACGGUUUGGUGUGAGAAGAUUCGUCUCUCAAAAAACCCGUCCCUACCUUUCUUCAAAACGGAUGAAACAUAAUAAUUCAGUGUGAGGAUUCAAUUAUUUGGUGUCUUUUUUAACUUCUAAAGUGCUGUUGCUGUGUGACUACACAUACUGAUUAAUUUCCCAGGACAAGCUGUUUGGAGUGGCAAUGUUCUUAAUGAUGAGGAAGAAAUAAUGAACUCACUCGCUGUAGAGUGACGGUGCCACACACACAACACAGAGCACAAGUCUCUUUCUCCGGGAGGUAGUCAAAACGUUUACCAGGAAGAGCAGAUGUCUCAGAGAAGUGUGAGCGUCCAGUCCGGGGAUGACAACCAUGACGUCAUUCAUGACGACAAUCAUGACGACAACCAUGACGUCACUCUCGCCGACCUGGAAGAGGAUGAGCUGUUCAUGGUCCUGGGUCCGGAUGAAAUCCGAGAGUGGGAGACAAUGAUGAGCCACAGAAAAGAACAGCUACUAAAGAACCAGGAGGACUUCCGCCGCUGGCUGGACGCCAUGACACGUCGCCGGAUGUUUGCCUACAGCCGGAUCCGGAAGUUGGAGAUGGCGAGUCAGGACCGCAGAAAAUUCCUUCUCAAAAUGGCGCACGUCAUCGAGCAUUCGAAAAAACUGGCAGGCGCCCCUAAAGAUUCGGGAAAAAACAACAAUGAUGACAAAAACAACAACAACAGCAAAAGUAACAAUCACAAUAACAACAACGAUAGCAACAACAACGAUAGCAACAACAACACCACCACCAACAACAACAAAACCGCUGAUGGUGUAAGUGAUGGUUCUGCUACGACAGGAAAAAGCGACGAAGACAAAGAACAGACCCUCAGAGCUCAGACCAGGGUGGCACCAUCUGGUAGCUCGGAAGUUCCAAAGCCCGACACCCCCAUGGUGGUUCCUGUCCUCCAAAAGACUGAUGAUCAAAACAUCUCAGUGAACAGCGCGGGGGAUGAGAUUGACCAAACUUCUCAGCAAAAUGGCGUAUCUUCAUGAUGCGGUGGAGGAGUGUUGGGUUGAUUCCAGUAUUGUGGUUCUCUGUAAGUAUAAAGAAGCUAGGUUAACAUCCCUGAGUGGUGUCAUCUUUGUUUUCGGAAAAUGAUGCACUGUAAGAGCGUAUUUCUUAUGUCAAGGCCUCGGAAUUACAAUGUUUUAUCUGACAUUUUUGGCCGUUUUAAGUUCCUUAGACCAUAAGGUCAGAAACCAAAUGUGCUAUGUGCUUUGUCAAAAUCGUACGAUUCUUCUCAGUCGUUAUCAAGAUAUUCGAAGAAACCUCCUUUAUAAAUGCUAAUAAAAAUCCCAAAAUGGGUGGUUUCUACAGAUUUUAAAAUGUUUACAGCUGGGGCAACAUUGCUUUUAAUAGCAAGUCCGACAUGU